UUUCAUAUAGUUUAGUUACGAUUUCGAAAACGACCCGACGCGUCCGCCGCCGGCGACAAUACCCGAUUUCUCGAAUCGAUCCCACAAAUUGAGCUUCGUCUCUCUUACGUUGUACGGUGUUGUGCAGUGCAGUGCCUUAAAGGAUUACUCUCCUUGACGUUUACGGUUGAAGAGCCAGCCUCUUCACUUAUCCGCGGACCGUCCGCCCCCGGGAUGCCAACUUAGCGAACAUGGGGACGGACGACUUAGCGCCGAGCUUCACGCAAAAGCCGCAGCUGCGACAGGAGGACGAUGGCAACAAACUCGUCUUCGAGUGCCAGCUGCUGGCCGCGCCGAAACCGGACAUCUGCUGGUACCGCAGCGAUGAACUGCUCAAGGAGGAUACUAGAACUAAAUUUAAGAUCCAGAGCAUCGAGAAGAACAAGUUCUUGGUGGUGCUCGAGUUGGACGACGUGAUCGAGAGCGACGCGGGGCUGUACAAGGUCAAGGCUAAGAACAAGAUGGGCGAGGUGGCCGCCUCCAUCAAUCUUAACUUCAGCCCCGCUGACGAAGACAAACAAAAACAAGUGGACGGUAGAGCGCCAACGUUCGCGCGCAAGCCCGCCAUCCGUCAGGAGGAUGACGGCAAGCGGCUCAUCUUCGAGUGCCGCAUCGAGGCGGAGCCCGUGCCCACGGUCGCCUGGUUCCACAACACGGCUGAGGUCAAGCCUGGCGCGAGGCAUAAGCUAACAGUAAGCAAAGACGGCAAGUCAUACUAUGCCUCGCUGGAAAUCGCAAACGUGACCGUGGAAGACGCGGGCAAAUACAAGGUGACCGCCAAGAACGAACUCGGCGAAAGCAACGCCACGAUCAGCCUGAACUUCGACAGCGACGAAGCGCCCGUUCCUGAGGACUAUAUCAAACCGACGUUCACGGAAAGACCCGUCAUCAGGCAAUCGGAGGAUGGUACAAAAAUCACAUUCGAAUGCAGAUGUGUUGGCAAACCGAAACCAACCGUCGCAUGGUACCAUGGCAAAAAACUAAUAAAAGAAAGUAGUCGACAUAAAAUAACAUUAGAAGAGGACCAAACAUUAUAUCAUAUAGCGCGAUUAGAAAUUAUAGGCGUAGAAAAUACGGACAAAGGAGAAUACCGGGCAUUGGCGAAAAACAAACAUGGUGAAGGCGUAGCAAAAAUAAAUCUCAACUUUGAGACUGGAGAUAAACCGAAAAUUCCUGAUGGUAAAGCACCAAGAUUCCCUAAAAAACCAACAAUAAGGCAAGAAGGGGAUGUGUUAAUAAUGGAGUGCAUACUCGAAGCGUAUCCCGUCCCGGACAUCGCGUGGUUCCACGGGGAAAAGGAACUAAAAGAUGGAUCAAAAAUGAAGAUGUCUCGAAAAGCGACGGGAAAAGACACGUUUAAUUUGACACUAGAAAUAUUAGGCCCCACUAGGGAAGAUGGUGGCAAUUAUAGGUGCAAUGCCUUCAACUUGUUUGGUGAGAGUAAUGCAAACAUUGCUCUCAAUUUCCAAGGUGGGGAUGACGAGAACGGUUUCGCACCAUCGUUCAUAGAGAAACCUCGAAUCAUUCCCAACGAAGAUGGCACACUCAUCACAAUGCGUUGCGUGUGCAAGGCAAAGCCGGCGGCUGAAGUAACAUGGUACAGAGGCACGACCGCAAUCAAAGCUAGCAGUAAGAUUGAGAUCAAAUCGAGUGUUAUAAGUGAGGAUGUUUACGAAUUGGUAUUACUUUUGUCGAACCCGACGGGAGCGGAUGGUGGCGCUUACCGCUGUCACGUCAAAAAUGAAUACGGCGAAAGCAAUGCUAACUUAAACCUCAAUAUCGAGGCUGAGCCAGAACCAGAAGGCGAAGGCCCAACAUUUGUCGAGAAACCGACUAUCCAAUCAAAGGAUAACGGUAAACUAGUAACCAUGGGAUGCAAGGUUAAAGCUAGCCCGAAACCGACAAUCGUGUGGUACCAUGAGGGUAAAGAAAUCAAAGACUCAUCGAAAAUCAAGACCAGGGUCGAAGUGAAGGAUGAUUUAUACACAAUUAUUUUGGAACUUAUCGAUCCUGGUAUUGAAGACUCCGGAUUAUAUAAAUGCAAUAUCAAAAACGAACUUGGGGAGCUCAAUGCAAAUCUUACGCUCAAUAUUGAAAUCAUUCCAGUUAUCAAAGAAAAACCAAAGGUCAUUAAGAUAGUUAAAAAGAAGACUGUUAUUGUUGAAUGUAAAGUAUUAAGUAAAUUUGCACCAGCUUGCACCUGGUUCAAGGAAGCAAGCGCUGUCAAGGAGGACUCAAGACACACUGUGCUCAUUGAGCCUCUUAGAGAGGGUGAAUUCACAGUCAAAUUGGAAAUCUCAAACGUGUCACAAACCGACAAGGGAUCGUACAAGCUCGUGGCUAAGAACGAGAAGGGCGAGGCUACGUCGCAGGUGGUCGAGAUCACCGAGAUCCCUGAACCUCAGGGCGACAAGCCGCAGAUCAUCAAACACUUCAGGAGCCUGGCCAAAAAAGAAAACGAGGAGGCAGAGUUCGUCGCCGUCCUCAAAACAUCGGACCAAUCGUGCAGAUGCACCUGGUACAAGAACUCCACGGUCAUCAGAGACUCGUCCGAGGUCAACACGUCGUUCGACGGGACCAACGCGCGCCUAAUCAUCAGGAAGGUGUCCUCCAAAUACGCGGCCACGUACCGCGUGGUCAUCAAAAACGAGUUUGGAGAGGACGAGUCUAAUGCCGACUUGACGAUUGUAGAGGAAAAGAAGAAGAAGGAGGAGGAAGAGGAAAAAGAAGAAGAAGAAAAGAUGGAAGUAGAAGAAGAAGAAGAAAAGACCAUCGUCGAAUCAGAAGAGGAGAUGUCCAUCGUCGAAGAAAAGUCAGUGACUGAAGAAAACCACAUCGAACAAAAGAAGACCGUCAAAAAGGUUGAAAAGAAAGAAGAAAUUAAGGUGGAAGAAAAGAAAGAAGAGAAGAAGGAGGAAGUAAAAAUGGAAGUUGACGAGGCCAAGAAGGUGAUGCAGAAGAAAACUGCUAAAACUGAAGAAGAAAAGAAGGAAAUGCUUGAAAAAUUGGAGAAGAGGAAGAAAUCGGAACCCGAGGCUAAGAUUGAAGGCAUUCCAAAACUCAAACCAGUCAAGCCCAAGGAAGAACCGGUUGAGGAAAAGAAAGAUGACAAGAAGACUGAAUCCAAAACGACGACCAAAAAGGUUGUCAAAAAGAAGGUCGUUGCCAAGAAGGAUGAGGAUGUACUGGAAUUCGUCGACGAUUACGAGCGACCCGUUUUGGAAAAAUACGAGAAAAUCACACCAACGCCACUCGCUAAAAAACCGAAAGAAGAUGACACACCUAAGUCGAAACGAGCGUCAGUGUCCGAAAGCGUUAAAAGUGAACAAUAUGAAAGUGAGGAAGAACAAUCGGUGGCAGCUCCGGCACCAGAGAAGAAAUCUAAGGUUGAACCCAAAAAGGAGGAAGAGAAGCCUGAAACAAAGAGACCUAGUAUCAAAAAGGGUAUUCCUAAACCAGAGGAGCCUGUAGACGAAUUAUCUGGUGUCAAAUUGUCCAAAACACCGACUAAACCAACAGAAACAAAGGCUGAAGAACCUCAAGCGGCUAAAGCUAAAAAACCAAUAGCUAAGCCAAAAGAAGAGAAAGAGUUUAUCGAUGACUACGAAAGACCAGAACUCGAGAAAUACGACAAAAUGACACCGACUCCUAGUGAAAGAACUAAAAAGGAGAACGGAGUGGAGGAAACUCCGGAGUUCGUGGAUGAUUAUGAAAAGCCCGAACUAGAAAAAUACGAAAAGAUCACUCCUACGCCUAAAGAUAAACGUCGCGCUAGUGAGCACGAGGAUGACGUUGAUAUGAUGCGAGGCAAGAUAAAACCGAAACCUGCAGAAGAGGAGCCGGAAAAACCUACCCUUCGUAAACGUCCGGUUACAAAGGAUAAGGAGGAAGACAAAAAACCGGAAGAAAAACCAAAGGCUAAGCCCGCGGAUAAAGACAAGCCUGAGGCUAAAAAACGCCCGUCUCUUAAGGAGAAAGAGGUCGUGCAAGAAGAAUUUGUCGACGAUUAUGAGAGGCCCGUGCUCGAAAAGUACGAGAAAAUCACACCAACACCCCUUGAGAAAAAGAAGAAGGAUGACAAAAAGCCCGAGGAACCCGAAGAGGUACCAUCCGCAACUGCUACAGCUAGGCGUCGUUCGGUUAAAGCCAAAGACGAGCCAGAGCCAAUGGACGUUGAUGAGAGCGUCAGCCUAGCCAAGCCUAAAACGCCUGCAAAGCCAGGACAAGAGCCUGAAGAGGUCGAACUCACACACAAAACACCCGCGCAAACUAAACCCACGGAGGAUUCCGCGGCGGCCGAAUUAAAGGUUAAGAAACCUGAAAUUGUUGAAGAGAAAACAAUUAAGAGGAGGCCUUCGGCAAAGAAGGGUGAAGGUGAAGAUACUGAAGAGUCUGUCAGCCUCACCAAGCCUCGAACUAAGACAAGCACUACCGCCCCUGAAGAAGCCUCUCUUACCCAAAAGACUCCUGCUAAGAAAAAGCCAACGGAGGGAUCAGAGGCAGCGGCACUUAAAGUCAAAAAGCCAGCCGUCGUCAAAAAAGACGACGAUGAUGAGGAACCUCUGACCGUUCAAGCUGGUAAAUUUGAAAAGCCACAGUUGAAGAAAACUACCAAGAAGGCCACCGACACUGCCAAAAAAGCAACUACAAAAGAUAAAGAAAAUAUUGAUGGGUUGGAACUGGACUUUGUCGAUGACUACGAGAGGCCAGUCCUCGAGAAAUAUGAGAAGAUCACACCAACUCCCACUGUGCGGGAGAAGAAAGAAAAGGAAACGGCCAAGACCGAAAGUAGGAGGACGUCUGUUCAGAGCGAGACUUCUGAGGUUAAGACCGAGAGUCGCAAGAGCUCAAUCGUCGAAUCCAAAGGAAUUAAGCUCACAAAAGAAACUGCAGAGAGCAGAAAGUCAUCCGUUUCGGCAGUUGCUGAGCAACAGCAGUCUACAACACUCAAAAAGACUGCCCAGAGGCCCAGCAUAAAAGAACCGGAACCUGCAGAACUAGACCAAAUAAAACUUAAGGAUGACAAAAAAGAGACAGUUGAAGAAAAGGUAACAUCAGGUACUGUCGAUAAGCCUUCAGAAAAAGUUAGUCCAAGGCGACCAUCGAAAACAGAAACACAGGAAGCAAACGAAAAAGUGGAACCGACACGUAAAGAUAGUCUUGAUCGCCCCACUGAGACAAAGUACCCUUGGCGACGUCCCAGUAAAACUGAGGUAACUGAAGACGUAGAUGAAAAUAUUACGGAAGAGACAGAAAUCAAUAGAAAGUCAUCCAUUGACAAGGUUACUCGAGUACGCAAAGAAGAUGUUAAAGAAACUCCUUCAGAGUCUCCGUAUCCUUGGCGUAGACCAAGUAAACCCGAGGAACCAAAAGAAAAGCCUGAGCCAAAACGUAAAAUAGGCAUGGAACAACCGGCUGAUUCUAUGUACCCUUGGCGCCGUCAAAGCAAAACUGAGGUCGUGCCAGAUAAGGUAGUGGAUGAUAAAAAAGAAACACCAGAAAUCCAAGUUGAGAGCACUGAUGACUCUUCAGACCGUCGUUUCCCAUAUCGACGAUCCAGCAGUGUCUUAGAGGAGGAAAAUAGCGUUACUGAUAAGGGUUGGGUGGAGCCUGAGGAAGUCAAAGUGUUCAAGGGACGUGAUGAUGACCCUAUUAUAGUUAUUACGCCUGACAUUGUCGUUGACAAUCCGUACCCGUGGCGAAAAUCAAUACCAGAGAUACCAACACUAUCUACACCAGAGCCAGAACAGAAAAAGAUACCGUUUUCAUGGGAUUCGAUUCCAGAAAUACCACAGGCUGAACAAACACCAGAGAUAGAGGACAAAUACAAUCCAAUACUACAUACACCAGAACCUGUGGGUCGGCGAAGGCCGUGGUCUCCCCAGCCACAGGCUGAGGCAGAACAACCGGCAACGUUAGGAAUCCCACAAGCUUAUAGCGGACCUCAAACACCCGAGGAGAAAGUGGCAAUCAAGGAAGAAAAGGUCGAGGAAGAAGUCAAAAAGGCGAAGGUCACAAGCGUGAAGAAGAAGGCGGAAGACCUUCCAGAGAUCGCGGACUAUGAGAGGCCGGAGCUUGAGAAGUUCGAGAAGCCGACCUUCACUCCGACCACUAAGGAGAAGCCAGAGAAAGAUACUAAGCCAAAGGUGCCAGAAAUCAAGGCACCCGAGGAGAAGCCAGGUGGUUUGGCACCCAAGAUCGAGGUGAUCCGCGAAAAGUCACCCCGACCAGACAUGCCCAGGAAGCCAUCGCUGGCUCCAGGCGCCCCCGGCAGCAGGAGAGGCUCCCUCAUCCCUCCUCCGGAGGAGAUGGGCAGGAGACCAUCUCUUAUCAUCAGCGACGAGGAAAAUAGAAAACUAAGACCUGGUGAGGUGGUCGAAGAGAAGAAGGUCACCAAAUUACGUCCAGGCGAAGUUUUAGACGACAAAAAGCGGCGAAAGUCAGCCGACACGCGCCGCCCGUCCAUCCAGGAGUUGGAAGACUUGAUCAACAAGCCCUCGGUGCCCCUGAAGCCGAAGGGAGAUGAGGGUCCGCCAGUCAUCGUUGAUGUGCAGGAGAGCUACUCUGCUGUUGAAGAUCAAACCGGCUACCUGACCGUGCAAGUGGAGGGUAACCCAGCACCAACCUUCAAGUUCUACAAGGGAGUGACCGAGCUCAUCGAGGGCGGUCGCUUCAAGUUCGUCACCGACGAGAACGGGCUCAUCACCCUGUGCAUGCGCAAGGUCAAGCCCAACGAUGAGGGCAAAUACAAGAUCGUCGUCAGCAACAUCCAUGGAGAGGAUUCCGCUGAGAUGCAGCUUUACGUAUCAGACGCCAGUGGCAUGGACUUCCGUGCCAUGCUCAAGAAGAGGAAGUACGCCAAAUGGGGUAAACCGGACGGCGACCCAGAUUGGGGAGACCUCAAGGAGGUUGAAAAACCAGUGCCGGCACUCAAGAAAGUCGAAAAGAAACAAGAGUCGUUCUUGAAGCCCCUCGUCGAUCAAUUCGCUAAGGAGGGCAAGGAUAAGAAAGUGGUCUUCGAAGCUAUCUUCUCCAAGCCUAAUGCUAAACCGAAGUGGUUCUUCCGUAAAGAUGAACUGUUCGCUGGCUCCAAAUAUAAGAUGACCAACGAGCAAGACUCGUACAAACUGAUCAUCAUGACUCCUAAAGUAGAGGACACGGGUAAAAUAACGGUUGAAAUUGGUGGCAUCACCUGCACUGCGUUCCUCCAAGUUGAGGAACCAGACCCGACAUAUUCCUUCACCAAGAAUCUGAAGAAGACCAUCAGCGGCUACACGGCGCACGAGACCACACUCGAGUGUGCCGUGUCCAGCAGUCUCGCCAUCGUCUCCUGGUGGAAGGGAGACAAGAAGCUGGAAGAUGGCGAAGAGUACCAGAUCUCCAAAGACUUGUCUGGCGUGUGCAGGCUGACCAUUAGGAACUCUAAGUUCGAAGACGCUGGCAAAUAUACCUGUAAGCUUGAAAAGCAGCCUGACAAGACUGAAUGCGAUGUGAAGAUUGUAGAGUAUCCUUACAAAUUCACUAAGGUACUGAAGUCGCAGCAGGCCGUUGAAAAAGACACCAUCACUCUGCUUUGUGAACUUGACGAUGCUGGUGGUGAAGUACAAUGGUUCAAGAACGACGAGCCGCUGCAGACAGACAAGCGCAUCACGGUGGUGAAGGAGGGGCGCAAGCGCAAGGUGGUGAUCAAGGACGCUAAGGUCACGGACGCUGGCAACUACAAGUGUACCAGCAACGCCGAUGAGACCAAGUGCGAGCUGAUCGUCAAUUACUCGAAUCGCUUCAACAAGAAGUUGAAGGACACCGAAGCAAUUGAGAGGGACAAGGUGGUCCUGGAGGUGGAACUCCAGGAUCAGACCGCCGAGGCCGUGUGGUCUUUCAAUGGACAGCCCAUUGUGCCCAACGAGAGAAUCGAAAUCAAGAACUUGGGCGGCGGAAAACACCAGCUUAUCUUCAACAAGCUGGAGAUGGAAGAUGACGGCGAGAUCCUCUGCGAAUCUGGCAAGCUCAGCUCCUCGUGCAAGCUGACUGUGAAGAAGGGAGAGUCCAAGCCGACCAUCGACUGCCCGGAGGAGUUCUUCGGGCCCGCGGGACAGCCUUUCGUCAUCGAGGUGCCUUAUAAAAUUACCGGCACCCGAGUAUCGCCCAUCGAGGCUAAACUGUGGAAGGAUGGCAAAGCACUGCCCGUCAAAGAAGUUGAAGCAGUGGUCGAACAAGAGAAGGUCCUCUUCAAGAUUAAGAAGCCACAGAGAGACUUAUCCGGCAAAUACCAGAUCAAAUUGUCGAACGCCCAAGGCGAAGAUGCCAAGGAUGUUAACAUUACCAUGCAGAGCGUGCCGACGCCUCCUCAGGAUGUGGAGGUCGCUGACGUGUUCCAGACAUCUUGCGUGGUUAACUGGAAGGCGCCGGAAGACGAUGGUGGUGCUCCACUCGUCAAAUACAUUAUUGAAAGACAGGACCUGUCUCUCAAAGCUGGCUGGGACAACGUGGGCGAGGUGCCCGCCGGUCAGCCGACCAAGUUCAAGGUCGAGGAUCUCGUCGCGAAGAAAACCUACAAGUUCAGGAUCCGCGCCGUCAACAAGAUCGGCCCCUCAGAGCCGGGCAUGUUCGGCAAACCUGUUCUCGCCAAGGAUCCUUGGGAUGAACCUUCGAAGCCCAAGAAUGUGGAGCUUACGGACUGGGACAAGGACCACGCAGACCUCAAAUGGCAGAAGCCCGACAACGAUGGCGGUGCACCAAUCACUGGUUACCUUAUCGAAUACAAGGAGAAGUUCGGCAAGGACUGGGUAAAGGGCAAGGAAGUGCCUGGUGACUGCCUCUCAGCCACACAAGACGGGCUGAAAGAAGGUGGCACUUACGAGUUCAGGGUGCGCGCUAUCAACAAGGCGGGUCCUGGCGAGCCUAGCGACACCACUAAACCAAUUGUCGCUAAGUGCAGAUUCGUCAAGCCCUACAUCAUUGGAGAGGGUCUCCAGAACAUGAUCAUCAAGAAGGGACAGGUCAUCACCUUCGACAUCAAGUACGGCGGUGAACCUGAACCGGAGGUCAGAUGGAUGCAGGGUGAAGAGGAAAUAAAAGACGACGGUGACCGCAUCACCGUCGACAAAUACGAGAAGAACACGGUCCUCAACGUUAGGAAGACCACUAGGCUUGACAGUGGAAAGUACAAGCUGGUGCUCACCAACUCGUCUGGCACUUGCGAGAGCAUUGCUGAUGUUGUUGUGCUAGACAAACCCAACAGGCCGAAUGGUCCUCUCGAAGUGGAGGAUGUCCGCGCCGAGAAGGCCACAGUCAAAUGGAAGAAGCCCGACGACUGGCAAGGUUCAGACAUCACCGGAUACACGCUUGAGAAGAUGGACAUGGACACUGGGAACUGGGUACCAUGCGGCGAGUGGCCUGAGCCCACACAGUUCCAGGUGAAGGGACUAACGCCGAACCACAAAUACAAGUUCAGGGUUCGCGCCGUCAACAAGGAGGGAGAAUCUGAGCCUCUAGAGACAGAUGGCUUCAUUCUCGCUAAGAAUCCUUAUGACCCGCCGAAAGCCCCAAGCAAGCCAGUCAUCAUCGACUAUGACAACCAGUCGGUCACGCUGCAAUGGGAGGCUCCCACCGACACCGGUGGACGUCCCAUCCUCGGUUAUGUUGUGGAGAAGAAGGACAAGUUCUCUGCUGAUUGGAUCGAGGUUGUCAAAACUGAGGACACUAAGACGGAGUACAAGGUGGAGGGGCUGAAGGAGAAGAUGAUCUACCAGUUCCGUGUGAAGGCCUACAACAAGGCUGGUGUCGGUGAGGCGUCACCGCCCACUGACAACCACCUCUGCAAGCAUAAGAACUUGAAACCUCGCAUUGAGCGCAGCACUUUCAAGUCUGUCAUCAUCAAGGCUGGCCGCACCCACAAGUGGUCUGUUGAUGUCACCGGUGAACCUGCUCCGGACAUGACUUGGUCAUGGCGUGAGAACAUCAAGCUAGUCAACACGGAGCGCAUCAAGAUCGAGAACCAGGAGUACCACACCGAUUUCACGAUCAUCAACGCGGUGCGCCGCGACACCGGCAAAUACACGCUCCGGGCGGAGAACUGCAACGGUUUCGACCAGGAGACCGUCGAGCUGACUGUUCUCAGCAAGCCAUCUGCGCCUAAAGGACCCCUGGAGGUGUCAGACAUCCAUGCGACCGGCUGCAAGGUCCGAUGGGAGAAACCUGAAGAUGACGGCGGUGUUCCAGUCAAGGAAUACGAGCUUGAGAAGAUGGACAUGGCUACCGGCAAAUGGGUGCGCGUUGGCAGGGUUGCUGGCGACAAGAAGCCUCUAGAAAUGGAGGUGACGGGACUCGAACCCGGACACCAGUACAAGUUCCGCGUGACAGCCGUCAACGAUGAGGGCGAUUCUGAGCCACUGGAAGCCGAGAAGGCUAUCCUGGCUAAGAAUCCUUUCGACAUCUCCGACAAGCCCGGCAACGUAGAAGUGGCAGAUCACGACAACGAGAGCGCCACAGUCAAAUGGGACCCUCCCAAGAACGACGGCGGAGCGCCGAUACAGAAGUACAUUGUCCAGAAGAAGCCCAAGGGUGGAGACUGGGAGAACGCUCUAGAAGUGCCCGGUACCGCCACGACGGCUAAAGUGGACGGUCUGCCCGAGGGCAGCGAAUACCAGUUCAGGGUGAUCGCCGUCAACAAGGCGGGUCCUUCCGAAGCCUCCGACCCUACCAAGAUGACUACCAUCAGACACAAGGCUUUGAAACCCCGCAUCGACCGCACCAACCUGAAGGCGCUGGCCGUGCGCGCGGGCAAGCCCAUCUUCUUCGACGUGAACGUCAAGGGUGAACCGGCUCCCACUGUGCAGUGGUUCCAAAAAUGGAAGGGAGAAGAGAAGGAGGUGAAAGAAAACGUCAUCAACGUUGACUACAACACCAAACUUGACAUCAAGGACUCUGUCCGCGCCAUGACCGGCACCUACCGCAUCUUGGCCACCAACCAACACGGCACAGACGAGGCUGAAGUUGAUAUUACUGUGCUUAGUGCUCCUGGCAAGCCUGGUGGGCCGUUGAAGGUCGCUGAUGUUACCAAAUCUGGCUGCAAACUGUCUUGGAAGAAGCCGGAAGAUGAUGGUGGCAAGCCAGUGACCGGCUACGUAGUAGAAAAACUCAACAAAGCCACCGGACGCUGGGUCCCGGUCGGCAAAACCGACGACACAGAAAUGGAGGUCAAGGGUCUGCAGGAGGGCGAGGAGUAUGAAUUUAGAGUUCGAGCUGUCAACGAGGAAGGCGAGAGCGAACCGUUGAAGACGGACCAUAGCAUUAUUGCGAAGAAUCCUUACGAUAUUCCAGGCAAACCCUCCGUCCCGGUCAUCGAAGACUGGGAUGUGGACCGCGUGGACCUCACAUGGGAAGCGCCUAAGAACACCGGCGGAGCGCCCAUCACUGGCUACGUUAUUGAGAAGAAGGAGAAAUUUGGAUCAUGGCAGGAAGCUCUUACUACCAAUACGCCAGAGUGCAAGGCCCGCGUACCGGAUCUAAAGGAAGGCAACACGUACCAGUUCCGCGUGCGCGCAGUGAACAAGGCUGGCCCUGGGGAGCCGGGCGACCCGACACAACCCCACGUCGCCAAGGCUAGAUUCUUGAAACCAUGGAUCAACCGCGACAAGAUGCAAGCGAUCCGCGUCCGCGCCGGCACCACCAUCAAACUCGACGUGGACAUCAAGGGUGAACCCCCACCAACCAAGACCUGGAUCUUCGCCAACAAGCCUCUCGAGAACGGCGAGGGCAUCAAGAUCGAGAACGAGGAUUACAACACCCGUAUGACGCUCACAGAGACUUCGUGGAAGAACACGGGAGUGUACACGCUGAAGGCCGUCAACGACUCCGGCACGGAUGAGGCCACGGUUGAAAUCACUGUGCUGGACAAACCCGGCAAGCCCGAAGGCCCGCUCGAAGUGUCCGACGUUCACGCCGACCAUGUCAAGCUAGCGUGGAAGAAACCCAAGCACACUGGAGGCCUUCCACUCAGCGCAUACGUCGUUGAGAAGAUGGACGUUGUCACUGGCAAGUGGGUGCCUGCUGGUACCGUGGAACCGGAUACCACUGAGGCUACUGUCACUGGCCUAGAACCCGGCCACACCUACCAGUUCCGCGUGAAAGCCCUCAACGAGGAAGGCGAGUCGGAACCACUCGAGACCGACCACGGCAUCCUAGCCAAGAACCCGUACGACGUGCCCGCUGCCCCCGGUCUGCCAGAUAUUGUGGACUGGGACGAGAAGAGCGCUAAGCUCAAGUGGGAGCCGCCGAUCAGGGACAAUGGCGCGCCCAUCACCGGCUACAUUAUUGAGAAGAUGGAUAGGGAUACGGGCGAGUUUGUCAAGGCCGCUGAAAUCCAAGGCAACAUCUGCCAAGGCACAGUCCCCAAACUGGAGGAGGGCAGCCAGUACCAGUUCAGAGUGCGCGCGGUGAACAAGGCGGGCCAGUCUGAACCUUCCGAAAACACCAACUGGCACACCGCUAAGGCCCGCUUCUUGAAACCAAGAAUCGACCGCACAAACCUCAAACCAGUCUCCGUCAAAGCCGGCCUUCCCGUCUCCCUGGACAUUAAAGUCUUCGGCGAGCCCCCAGCCACCGUCACCUGGUACUUCAAGGGCGAGGAGAUCAAGACAGGAACUCCUGAGAACUUGGAGAUUAUCAACAUUGAUUAUAACACUAAGUUCUUGAUGACUAAGAGCAAGCGAGUGAACACUGGGGUGUAUGUGAUUAAAGCUAAGAACGAGGUUGGUGAAGAUGAGGCAGAGGUUGAGAUUACUAUUCUUGGCAAGCCCUCGAAGCCCAAAGGUCCUCUGGAGGUCGCCGACGUCACAAAGAACGGAUGUACGCUUACAUGGCAGAAACCGGAAGACGAUGGUGGAUCACCCAUCGAGUAUUAUGAGAUCGAGAAACUCGAUCCGCUUACUGGCCAAUGGGUCCCUUGCGGCACGGCCAAGGACUGCAAAGCCAACAUUACCGGCCUGCAAGAAGGCAAGCCUUACAAGUUCCGCGUCAAGGCCGUCAACAAGGAGGGUGAAUCUGAAGAACUUGAGACUGAGAAGUCUGUCAUCGCUAAGAAUCCGUUCGACGAGCCCGGCAAACCCGGCAGGCCUGAGCCCAGGAACUGGGACAAAGACUUCGUGGACCUCGAAUGGUCUCCGCCCAAGGAGGACGGUGGUGCGCCCAUCACCGGCUACAUCAUCCAGAAGAGGGAGAAGGGUGGACGAUCAUGGCAAGACGCCCUCCGCACGUCAGGCGACCGGCCAGUGGGCCGCGUCACCGACGUGGAGGAGGGCCACGAGUACGAGUUCCGUGUGCUCGCCGUCAACAAGGCCGGCCCGGGAGAGCCCUCAGACGCCAGCAAGUCUGUCGUGUGCAAGCCGAGAUUCUUGGCACCAAAGAUCGACCGCAAGAACCUUCAAAAGCGCAAGGUCAAGGUCGGCGAAACGCUCAAGUUCGAGGCCGACGUCAAGGGCGAACCGGAGCCGACCAUCACGUGGACGCUCAACGCGGCGCCGCUUAAGCCGGAGGAGCGGCUUAAGAUCGAGAAUAAGGAUUACCACACAUCAUUCGCGCUGCAGAAGUGCACGCGCAAAGAUGGCGGCACAUACUUGGUGACAGCCAAGAACGACUCCGGAACUGACUCGGUCGAGAUCGAAGUGCAAGUCGUCAGCAAGCCUGCUAAGCCUAAGGGACCUUUGAAGGUUUCUGACGUGAAAGCCGACGGCUGCAAGCUGAAAUGGGAGCCCCCAGAAGACGACGGUGGCGAACCCAUCGAGAACUACGUCGUGGAACGUAUGGACACCGAAUCCGGGCGAUGGGUCCCCGUCUGCACCACCAAGACUCCUGAGGCUGACGUCACUGGCCUUAAUGAGGGCAAGGACUAUCUGUUCAGAGUCAAGGCGGUCAACCCUGAAGGAGAGAGCGAACCGCUUGUCACUGAGACGGCUAUCACUGCUAAGAACCCUUAUGGCGAACCGGACGCCCCAGGCAAGCCGGAGUUCAAGGACUGGAGCAAGGACCACGUGGACCUCAAAUGGGAGAAGCCAUCCAGCGACGGUGGCGCCCCCAUCACGGCCUACAUCGUCGAGAAGAAGGACCGCGACAGCGGGAAAUGGGUUAAGGCUGCUGAGGUCCCUGGCACUAAGUGCGAAGCUCGCGUGCCUGACCUGAUCGAAGGCAAGACGUACCAGUUCAGAGUGAAGGCCGUCAACAAGGCCGGACCGAGCAAGCCGUCCGCCGCCUCAGAGAACCUGCUGGCUAAGGACCGCUUUGCGCCACCGAAGAUUGACCGCACGAACAUGCGUGACAUCACCAUCAAGGCUGGCCAGAACAUCCGCCUGGACAUCAAGGUCAGCGGUGAACCGCCACCAACCAAGACCUGGUUCCACAACAAGGAGCGUCUAGCCACCCGCGACGACCUCACGGUAGACGCUGAAGACUACAAGAUCAAGCUCUCAGUCAUCGUGGCCGCUCGCAAACACAGCGGCACCUAUGUGCUGAAGGCUGAAAACAGUAGCGGGAAGGAUGAGGCGACCAUCCAGGUCAAUGUACUGGAUGUGCCGGCUAAGCCUGAGGGACCGCUCAAGAUCUCCGACAUCCACAAAGAAGGCUGCACGCUCAAAUGGAACCCGCCUCUAGACGAUGGCGGCGCGCCUAUCGACCACUACCUCGUAGAAAAGUUGGACACAGAGACUGGUCGGUGGAUGCCAGCUCUCAAGACUAAGGAUCCUAAGGCAGAGAUCGAUAACUUAGUGCCUGGACAUGAGUACAAGUUCAGGGUCUCUGCGGUUAAUAAUGAAGGUGUAUCCGAGCCGUUGGAAGCGGAUCAUGCUAUUAUUGCGAAGAAUCCGUUCGACGAGCCCGGCAAGCCCGGCACACCAGAAGUUGUGGACUGGGACCGCGACCACGUGGACCUCAAAUGGGAGAAGCCCAUCAAAGAUGGCGGCGCUCCCAUCACCGGAUACAUCAUUGAGAAGAGGGAGAAGGGAUCGCCCAAAUGGGUGAAGGCUUGUGAGGUCGGCCCCAACGACAACGAGAAGGCCACAGUGCCCAACCUGGACGAGGGUACAGAGUACGAGUUCAGAGUGAAGGCCGUGAACGAGGCAGGCCCAGGCGAACCCAGCGAUGCUAGCAAGAGCGUCGUCUGCAAGCCUAGGCGAUUGGCGCCAAAGAUCGACCGUCGCAACCUGCGCACCAUCAAAGUUCGCGAGGGCGAACCCAUCUCGCUCGACAUCAAGGUCAGCGGCGAACCCGCGCCUGACGUCACGUGGACACUCAACGGCAAGAGCGUACAGAGCGGCGGUGGUCUCAAGUUGAUCGAGAUCCCAUACAUGACCAAGUACCAGCACUCGAGUCCGAAGCGCAAGGACUCUGGCACCUACAAGAUCCAGGCCGUCAACAAGUACGGACAGGAUACCGCCGAGCUUGAGAUCAUUGUCACUUCCAAACCAGAGAAACCCGAAGGCCCGCUAGAAGUUUCCGAUAUCCACAAAGACGGGUGCACUCUCAAAUGGAAGAGGCCCAAAGACGACGGAGGCGAGCCUAUCGAGGCGUACCUGGUCGAGAAAUACGACCCCGAGACCGGAUCUUGGAUGCCUGUCGGCAAGACACUCGGCAACGUACCUGAGAUGGAGGUUGACGGUCUGAUCCCCGGACACGAGUACAAGUUCCGCGUGAAGGCGAUCAACAAGGAGGGAGAGUCCGAGCCUCUCGAGACCUUCGGCUCCAUCGUCGCCAAGGAUCCCUUCACCGUACCCGACACGCCGUCCGCUCCCGUCCCCGACGACUGGUCGGCGACGCACGUGGACCUCAAAUGGGAGGCGCCCAUAUCCGACGGAGGCUCUCCGAUCAUCGGAUACAUCGUCGAGAAGAAGGACAAAUACAGUCCCUUGUGGGAGAAGGCUGUGGAGACCCACACACCCACACCUUCCGCUACUGUCAAUGGCUUGAUCGAAGGCAACGAAUACCAGUUCCGCGUGAUCGCCAUCAACAAGGCCGGUCAGAGCAAACCUUCAGAAGCGAGCAAGAACUUCAUCGCCAAGCCACGCUUCCUGGCUCCGAAGAUCGACAGGAGACACCUCAGGGAUGUCACCAUCUCUGCUGGUGCUACGCUGAAGUUGGAGGCUGUGAUCACUGGCGAACCGCCACCAGCGGUUGAAUGGAGGUCACAGAACAUGCCGCUCCGCCCAUCCAAGGCGGUGACCAUCGACAGUCCCGACUACUUCACCAAGCUCAUCAUCCGUCCUGUCCGUCGGGACGACUCUGGCGAAUACACAGUCACGGCUGUCAACAGCAGCGGCAAGGAUACUGUCACUAUCAACGUGCUUGUCACUGACAAGCCGACCAAGCCUGAAGGUCCGCUGCAGAUCUCAGACGUGCACAAGGAAGGCGCCACUCUCAAGUGGAAGAGGCCGAAAGGCGCCCCCAUCGAGUCUCAGGUGGAACAAAGGCCGAAGGACGAGUCGGUGGCGCCCCCAUCUAAGUGUGACGUGACUGGCUUGACUCCUGGCAAGGAGUACAGGUUCAGAGUGUCGGCUGUCAACUCCGAGGGCGAAUCGGAACCGCUCACGUCAGAACAGAGCAUCGUCGCUAAGAAUCCGUUCGACGAGCCUGGUGCGCCUGGCACCCCAAGCGUGACCGACUGGGACAAAGACCACGUGGACUUGAAGUGGACGCCGCCCCGCGAGGACGGUGGCGCCCCCAUCGAGGGCUACAUCGUCGAGAAGAAGGACAAGUUCGGAAACUGGGAGAAGGCUCUGGAAGUCCCCGCCAACCAGACCAAUUGUACUGUACCUGAUCUGGUAGAAGGACAGACUUACGAGUUCAGGGUCCGCGCUGUGAACAAGGCCGGCCCAGGCGAGCCAAGCGACAGCACGCACCCCAUUGUAGCCAAGCCCAGGAACCUGGCACCCAAGAUCGACCGCACCAACCUUAUCGACAUCAAGCUCAAGGUUGGAACGAAGUUCGGCUUCGACGUCAAGGUUUCGGGUGAACCCAUGCCGGAGACUAAAUGGUUCCUCGCCAAGAAGGAAGUCAAAUCUUCAGGCGAUAUGAAAGUUCAACACUCUGACUAUAACACCAAACUCAACUGCAAAGCGGCGACCCGCGCUGACAGCGGCCGCUAUACCAUUACUGCUGAGAACGUUAAUGGAAAAGAUGUCGCUGAGGUGGAGGUUAUAGUGCUGGCGGCUCCUAGUCCACCUAAUGGACCGCUCAAGGUCUCGGACGUCCACGCCCACGGCGCCAAGCUCUCCUGGCUACCUCCCUCCGACGACGGCGGCCAGCCCAUCGACAAGUACAUCGUCGAACGCAUGGACGAAGCCACCGGCCGCUGGGUCACUGCUGGAGAGACCGACGGACCUCAGACCAGCCUGGCCGUCGACGGGUUACAGCCCGGACAUAAGUACAAGUUCAGAGUCCGCGCUGUCAACAGGCAAGGCAAAUCCGAGCCUCUCACGACCCCUCACGCCACCGAGGCCAAGAACCCGUACGACCUGGCCGGCAAGCCCGGCACGCCCGUCAUCAAGGACUUCGACCGCGACUGGGUCGAGCUGCAAUGGGCCAGACCAGAGUCCGACGGAGGCGCGCCCAUCACAGGCUACGUUAUUGAGAAGAAGGACCGCUUCUCGCCAGACUGGGAGGAGUGUGCUAAGAUCGAGGGCGACGUAACAACCGGCAAGGUGCCCGACCUGAUCGAGGGCAACACUUACGAGUUCCGCGUCCGCGCCGUCAACAAGGCCGGCCCGGGAGAACCGUCCGAUCACACCAAGCCGCACUUGGCGAGACCCAAGAACCUCGCGCCCAAGAUCGACAGGAACUUCAUGUUCGAUAUCAAGGUCAAGGCUGGCCAGAACUACGAGCUGGACGUGCCCGUCGCCGGUGAACCCACACCAACCAAGGAAUGGUUCCACGGCGAGAACAUGGUCAUCAACACCGACCGCAUCAAGAUCAUCAACGACGCGCACUCCACCAAGUUCAAGGUCGUCGACGCCAAGCGCGCCGACAGCGGCUCAUACACGCUCAAGGCCAAGAACCACAACGGAACGGACACGGCCACCGUCAAGGUCACCGUGCUCGACGUUCCCACGCCGCCUGAAGGACCGCUCCGCGCUGACGACAUCACCAAGUCUGGCUGCACGCUGAAAUGGCGCCCGCCCAGGGACGAUGGCGGCAGCGAAAUCACUCAUUACGUGGUCGAAAAGAUAGACCAGGAGAAUAUGAGGUGGAUCCCAGCUGGAGAAGUCUCAUCCUGUAACAUCCGCAUCGACCAUCUCAUCGAAGGUCACGACUACAACUUCAGAGUACGCGCUGUUAACAAGCAGGGAGAAUCCCAGCCGCUUGUCGGCUCCGAGCCCAUCACGGCCAAGGACCCCUACGGCACCCCAGACAAACCUGGCACUCCAGUCGUCAAGGACUGGGACAAGGACCAUAUGGAUCUGGAAUGGGUGCCGCCGAAGAAGGAUGGUGGUUCCCCGAUCACCGGGUACAUUAUCGAGGCGAAGAAACGCUACGGACCUUGGGAAGUCGCUGCCACUGUCCCUGGAAACAAGACGACCGCAACUAUCCCCAAUCUACAAGAGGGCGAGGAGUAUGAGUUUAGGGUUAUCGCCGUUAACAAGGCCGGCAAUGGAGAACCUAGCGACGCUUCCACACCACAAGUCGCUAAGGCGCGCUUCUGCGCUCCGCACUUCGACAAAACUCUGCUGGCUGACAAGACGGUCAAGGCCGGACAGAGGAUCCAAUACGAGAUUCCCAUCGAAGCGGCACCGAAACCGACAGUCGAAUGGCAGAUCAACGGCAAGGUCGUCCAUCCGAACGACCAUAUCGAUAUACAGGUUCUGCACAACAGGGUCAUUUUAGACAUUCCAUUCUCUGUCCGCGCUGACGGAGGCGUUUACAAGCUGACCCUCAAGAACGACUUGGGCGUGUGCUCCGCCACCGCUCAGGUCACCGUACUCGACAAGCCGGCGAGACCAGAGAAGCCCCUGGUUGUCUCUGAUGUUACCAAGGACUCGUGCUCACUGUCCUGGAAGGUACCGCUCGACGAUGGCGGAUCACCAAUCCUGCACUACGUUAUUGAGAAAAUGGACCUGUCCCGUGGCACUUGGUCCGACGCCGGUAUGAGCACAUACCUGUCUCACCAAGUCACCAGGCUUAUCCACAUGAAGGAAUAUCUCUUCAGAGUCAGCGCUGUCAACGCUAUUGGACAGUCUGAGCCUUUGGAGCUCGACCGCGCUAUCACGGCUAAGAACGAAUUCGACGAGCCGACUGCACCCGGCAAACCUGAAGCUACCGACUGGAGCAAGAACCACGUCGACCUCCAAUGGACCACACCGAAAUCCGACGGUGGCUCGCCGAUUACUGGCUACAUCAUCCAGAAGAAAGAAAAGGGCAGCCCCUACUGGGUGAACGCUGCUCACGUUCCUUCCAACAAGAACAAAGCUACCGUCCCUGAUCUUACUGAGGGACAGGAAUACGAAUUCAGAGUCAUCGCCGUCAACAAGGCCGGACAGUCCGAGCCUUCUGAACCUUCGGACAUCAUCACAGCGAAGGACAGAUUCGUGGCGCCUAAGAUCCUCACGCCACUCAAGGAGAUCAGAAUCAAGGCUGGACUCAUCUUCCAUUUGGACGUCGACUUCAUUGGAGAACCUAUUCCUGAAGUCACAUGGACUUGCAACAACAAACCAGUGCUUACCAACGAAAGGACUACUGUCACAUCUGUUGGUCACCAUACGAUUAUUCACACUGUGAACUGCAAGCGUUCAGAUGCUGGCAAAUAUCAUCUGUCGCUGAAGAACGACUCAGGAUCGGACGAGGGAAGCUUCGAGCUCAUCGUUCUGGAUGUCCCUGGACCGCCGCAACCGCCUUUCGAAUACGAAGAGAUCACGGCUCAGUCCGUCACUCUAUCCUGGAAACCACCCAAGGACAAUGGUGGCAGCGAGCUGACCGCCUACGUCAUUGAGAAACGAGACUUAACUCAUGGAGGCGGCUGGGUACCGGCUGUCACCUACAUCAACCCUAAGCUCAACCACGCCACAGUACCGCGUUUGGCCGAGGGCACCAAGUACGAGUUCAGAGUAUUCGCCGAGAACUUGCAGGGCCGCUCUGAACCGCUCGUCACCGAUAGGGCUGUGGUCGCUAAGAACCAGUACACUGUUCCUGGCAAGCCUGGCAAACCAGAGCUUGUGUCUGCGGACAAGGAUCACAUCAAGGUCAGGUGGACACCUCCCAUCUCCAACGGAGGAUCCAACAUUCUUGGCUACGACGUCGAGAGGAGAGACAAGGCCACUGGCCGCUGGAUCAAACUGAACAAGGAUCCGGUCAGGGGCAGCGAAUACGAGGAUGACAGGGUACAGGAAGGCCACCAGUACGAAUACAGAGUAUCUGCAGUCAACGCUGCCGGACCCGGUCAGCCGUCCGACCCGUCCAACAUGCUCAUCGCCAAGCCAAUGAAGGAGAAGCCAAAACUAUAUUUGGAUCACCUUAUUGGACGCAAGAUCAAGGUGCGCGCCGGCGAACCUAUCAAUAUAAACAUUCCAAUCACCGGCGCACCCACACCGACUAUCUCCUGGACCAAGGGCGCCGUAUCUCUGCUGCCCUCGCUUAGACUGUCCACGGAAACCAAGAACGACGAGGCCAAGCUUAACAUUGAAAAGUCCACAAGAGACGACGCUGGAAAAUACACUAUUACCGCGUCCAACGCUCAUGGAAAGGACUCGGCCGACAUCGAAGUCAUCGUUGUCGACAAGCCUGGUAUUCCCAAAGGACCUCUCCUUACGACACCGGUCACACACGACACGAUCAGCCUGCAAUGGCAGCCGCCCACCGACGACGGCGGCAGCGAGAUCACCGGCUACGUCGUCGAGGUCGCCGAGUACGGCGUCAACGACUGGCGAACGGUCGCCGGCUUCUGCCCCAAAUGCUCCUUCGCCGUCAAGAACCUUACCGAAGGCAAGAAAUACGUGUUCAGGGUACGCGCUGAGAAUCUCUACGGAGUAUCAGACCCAUUGGAGUCCAAGCCUACAGUCGCGAAGUCGCCGUUCGACCCGCCAGAUGCGCCAGAAACGCCCAGGAUUACCGGAUACAGCGCGAACAGCUGUUCUCUCGAAUGGGACCCUCCCGCGAACUGCGGCGGCAAACCCAUCACCGGCUACUACGUCGAGAAACGCGAGCGCGGCGGCGAAUGGGUUAAGGUUAACAACUACCCCACGCCCAAUACCUGUUACACCGUCUCUGACCUUCGUGAAGGCAACCGCUACGAGUUCAGAGUCAUCGCCGUCAACGAGGCCGGACCUGGCAAACCUAGCAAGCCUACCGAGCCUAUUACAGCACAGACGCAGAGACUUAAGCCUAGCGCGCCUGAAGCGCCCAAACCAGACAGGAUCACCAAGGACUCCGUUACAUUAUCCUGGAGGCCGCCCAAGAGCAAUGGUGGCUCGAAGAUCAAGGGCUACAUCAUCCAACAGAAGGGCAAGGGUGACAAGGACUGGAAGGACGUCAAUGAUGUGCCUAUCCCGAGCCUCGUACACACUGUUCCUAAACUUAAGGAAGGUGAAGAGUAUCAGUUCAGAGUUAUCGCCGUUAACGACGUCGGUCGCUCUGACCCGAGCAAGCCUACCAGCGAUAUCACCAUCGCCGAACAGCCCAACAAACCUUGCAUGGACCUUGGAGGAGUCAGAGACAUCACCGUUCGUGCCGGAGAGGACUUCUCCAUUCACGUGCCGUACACUGGCUUCCCGCAACCCACCGCAUCCUGGUUCAUGGAGGACAACCUCCUCGAUGUUGAGGGAGACUCUAGGAUCUUCCAGAAGAUCACGCCCGAAUCGGCUUCGCUGGUCGUCAAGAACGCUAAGAGGUCCGACGGUGGACAAUACAGACUGCAACUGCGCAACCCGUCCGGAUACGACACGGCCACCAUCAACGUCCGUGUCCUCGACAGGCCUGGCAAACCAGAGAACCUGCGUGCGGACGAAUUCGAAGGCGAAGCCCUUACGCUAUACUGGAACCCGCCGAAGGACAACGGCGGUGGCGAGAUCACCAACUACGUCGUUGAGAAACGCGAGGCUAGAACCGCCAACUGGACGAAGGUUUCCGGCUACGUCACCACUCCGUUCUUCCGCGUGAAGAACUUGAACGUCGGCAGAGACUACGAGUUCAGAGUCAUGGCCGAGAACCAAUACGGCCAGUCUGACCCGGCUCAGACCACCGAGCCUAUCAAGGCCAGACAUCCGUUCGACCCGCCAGGCGCGCCUGGAGCGCCAAAAUCGGUCGAAACUACGGAGUCUUCGAUCACAAUUACCUGGACCAAGCCUCGUCACGACGGCGGCUCACCCAUUACUGGUUAUGUCGUAGAGAAGCGACUGAUAACCGAAGACAAAUGGACCAAAGCCUCGCACGCCCACGUGCCCGACACGACUCUUAAAGUCACUGGUUUGAUCGAGAACCAGCAGUAUGAGUUCAGGGUGGCGGCGAUCAACGCGGCCGGGCAAGGGCCGUACUCGCAGAGCUCGGACGCCAUCCGAGCGUGUGCUCCGCCCAACUCGCCGAAGAUCACGAGCGACCUCAGCCUCAGAGACAUCACCGUUAUUGCGGGAGAGGAGAUCAAGAUCACUGUGCCGUUCACUGGCAACCCGAGGCCAAAGGUGUCAUGGUUCGUGAACAACGAGGAGGUGUUCCCCGACAACAGGCUCCGCUUCGUGACGUCAGACAUCGACACGGUCUUCUACAACUCGUCAGCCAAGAGAUCCGACACGGGACCGUACACUAUUCAGCUGUUGAACAGCGAAGGAUCCGACAGCGCAACUUGCAGGGUGUUGGUAGUAGACCGUCCAUCGCCGCCUGUAGGCCCGCUGGAAGCGUCCGACAUCACGCCAGAUACCUGCACACUGAGCUGGAAGCCACCGCUAGACGAUGGCGGCGUCCCCAUCUCCAACUACAUCGUUGAGAAGAUGGACAACAACGGAGUAUGGCAGAAGAUCUCAUCGUUCGUGCGCAACUGCCACUACAAUGUGAUGGGUCUGGAACCGAACCGCAAAUACACGUUCCGCGUUCGCGCUGAGAACCAGUAUGGAGUCUCUGAUCCGCUCACCAUGGACGACUCCAUUACUGCUAAGUUCCCCUUCACGAUCCCCGACCCGCCAGGCGCGCCGCGCGUCAUCGACUGGGACGGCUCGACCGCCUCUCUUGUUUGGGACCGCCCGCGCUCCGACGGAGGCUCACGCAUCCAGGGCUACAAGCUGGAGUUCAGAGAUGUCAAGGAUAACAUCUGGAACAGCGCAGACUACCUGGUUAAAGACUGCAACUACCAGGCUUACAACCUCGAACCGGGAUGCGAAUACGAGUUCCGCGUACGCGCGAAGAACGCCGCCGGCUUCAGCAAGUACUCGGCCAGCUCGCAACGCUUCAAGGUCAAGCCCCGCUGCGGGCCCCCCGGACCUCCGAGGGCGCCUCGCGUUGUACGCGUGGGCAAGAACUAUGUGGAUCUCAGCUGGGACCCACCCGCGAACGAUGGAGGAUCCCGUAUCACGGGCUACAUCAUCGAGCGUCGCGACGUGGGUGACAGCGUGUGGGUGAAGUGCAAUGACUACAACGUCGCUGACACCACCUUCACUGCCAUGAAGCUUAUCGAGAAGGCCGACUACGAGUUCAGGAUUAUCGCCGUCAACAGCGCCGGCAAAUCCGAGCCAUCAUCAUGCACAACCCCAGUCCGCACCGGCGAAGAGAUCGGAGGCACGAAGCCCGAAUGGGUGAAGAUGAUGCCUCCACACAUGUGCGCGCCAUUGGGCAGGCCAUUCACUAUCGAGUGUGUCGCUACCGGCAACCCCAUACCUACUGGCAGAUGGCUCAGGAACGGCAGAGAGGUCGUGCUAGGAACCAGAUUCAUCGCCGAGUCCCGCGAGGGUGUUCUCAAGCUGAACAUCACGGAGGCCGCCGACGCGGACGAGGGUGACUACACGUGCGAGGCCGUUAACAACAUCGGCUUCAUCUACUGCACUGGACACCUUAAGAUCGGAAACCCACCGCGCAUCACUCGCAUGCCGGGCGACCUACACCUUCCGGAACACGACAACACCAAGAUCAAGAUCCUCUACACCGGCGACCAGCCCGCUGACGUCACGCUCACCAAAGAUGGCCGCACCGUCAAGGAGUCGCCACAUCUCAAGUUCACCGUCUUCGAUGACUAUAUCCUUAUCUUUAUUAAGGAUAUCAGCAAGGAUGAUAUGGGCACUUACAAGAUCACGAUCAAGAACAUCGGCGAGACAUCAGACACAUUCUCAGUCACCGUUACCGGAUUGCCCGGACCGCCGCAGGACCUUGUACCGAGCGACGUCAACAAACAUUCUUGCACUCUCACUUGGAAGCCUCCGAACUACGAUGGAGGCAUGCCUGUUACGCACUACGUCGUCGAGCGUAAUGAUACCGCUGGAACCGCCUGGAUCACAAUCGCGUCCUCGGUCCGAGACACGCGAUUCACCGUCCAGGGUCUCACGGAGGGCCAGGAGUACAACUUCAGGGUCCACGCCGCCAACGAGAACGGACAAGGUCCCGCCUGCAAUGCCGCUAACCCGAUCAGGGCUAAGGCGCCGUUCGACCCGCCGUCUGCGCCCGGCAUUCCCAAGAUCAAGGAGGUUGGAGGAGACUUCGUGCACCUUGAAUGGGAGAAGCCCGAGAGCGAUGGAGGCGCUAGGAUCCAAGGUUACUGGAUCGACAAACGCGAGGUCGGCACGUCGACCUGGCAGCGCGUGAACCCCACGCUCUGCCUGCCCAACCAGUACAACUGCUCCAACCUGAUCGAGGGUCGCCAGUACGAGUUCAGGGUCACCGCUGUCAACGAGGCAGGACCCAGCCCGCCGUCCACCGCCAGUCAAGAGGUCAAGGUUGUGGACCCGAGAGCCGCCACUCCGCCGGAGAUCGUGAAGCCGCUGAAGAACGCCAACUGCAUCCAGUACCACAACGCCAAGUUCACUUGCACCAUCACUGGCUUCCCGAAACCCAACAUCACGUGGUACAAGGGCGCUCGUGAGAUAACCAACGGACCUCGUCACCGCAUCUGGAGCGAGGGAGACAACCACUUCCUAACGGUCGUGGACGUUUUCGGCGAAGAUGCGGACUCCUACGUAUGUCGCGCUGUCAACAAGGCCGGAGUUAAGAGCACCAAGGCUGAACUGCUUAUUAUGACCGCACCAAAACUGAACGUGCCACGCUUCCGCGACACCGCCUACUUCGACAAGGGAGAAAACGUGGUCAUCAAGAUUCCGUUCACCGGUCACCCCGUGCCCAAGAUCACCUGGGUACGCGAGGGAGAGACCAUCGAGUCUGGACACCAUUACCAUGUGGAGAGGAAAGAACGUCACGCGGUCCUGACGAUACGCGACGCCAGCAAGCUGGAUUCUGGUCCAUACAGAAUCACAGCCGAGAACGAACUCGGAUCUGAUUCGGCCAUCAUCAACAUUGAAAUUAGUGACCGUCCAGACCCGCCACGCUUCCCAGCGUGCGACAACAUCGGCGUGGAUUCCCUUGCUCUCAGCUGGAAGGCCCCAGUCUGGGAUGGAGGCUCAGACAUCACCAACUACCUGGUCGAGAAACGAGAGCACCCCAUGUCCAGCUGGAUAAGGGUUGGCAACACCAGGUUCACCACGAUGGCGAUAACCGGCCUCGUCCCUGGCAAGCAGUACGAAUUCCGAGUGUACGCCGAGAACAUAUACGGCCGCUCGGAGCCUAGCGAGCCCACUGGCUUGGUGCAGACCAAGGCUGUCAUCAAGAAGGAGUUCAAGAAGAAGGAAUACCCUGUGGACGAGACCGGCAAGCGUAUCCGCUCGAAUGCGGACCACGGCCCGGUCAAGGACUACGACAGCUAUGUGUUCGACAUCUACAGUAAAUACGUGCCGCAGCCCGUCGACAUCAGCACCUGCUCCGUCUACGACAAAUACGAUAUCCUCGAGGAGAUUGGCACAGGUGCCUUCGGCGUCGUGCAUCGCUGCCGCGAGCGAGCCACCGGCAACUACUUCGCGGCCAAAUUCAUUCCUUGCACCGGAGCGAUGGAGAAAGAACUCAUUAAGAAAGAGAUAGAUAUAAUGAACCAGCUCCAUCAUAGGAAGCUGAUUAACCUACACGACGCCUUUGAAGAUGACGAUGAGAUGGUCCUCAUCUUUGAGUUCUUGUCCGGAGGCGAGCUGUUCGAGCGCAUCACGGAGCCAGGCUACAACAUGUCCGAGGCUGAAGCCGCUCACUACAUGAGACAGAUCUGCGAGGGAGUGAGACACAUGCACGAGCAGAACAUCAUCCAUCUAGACUUGAAACCAGAAAACGUCAUGUGCCAGACAAGGACAGGAACAGACGUUAAGAUCAUUGACUUCGGUCUAGCCACCAAAUUGGACCCGAACGAAGUGGUCAAGAUCUCAACGGGAACCGCCGAGUUCGCGGCGCCCGAAAUCGUCGAGAGAGAGCCGGUCGGCUUCUAUACGGACAUGUGGGCCGUUGGCGUGCUUUCAUAUGUGCUUCUCUCCGGCCUAUCGCCGUUCGCCGGCAACACCGACAUCGACACGCUCAAGAACGUGAAGGCGUGCGACUGGGAGUUCGACGAGGAGGCCUUCCAGCACGUCUCGGACGACGCCAAGGACUUUAUCAGACGACUGCUAGUUAAGAAUAAGGAAAAACGUCUAACGGCGCACGAAUGCCUGCUCCACCCAUGGCUGGCCGGCGACGCGACGUCAUCGCGAACAGCGACUAUCGAAGCGCGCAGAUACGAGAAGAUGCGUGACAGGCUUCGCAGCCGCUACGAUGAUUGGGCCGGCUUCGCACUGCCCAUUGGCAGGCUGAGCGAGUAUAGUAGCUUGAGGAAGCUGCUUAUUGAGAAGUGGAAGAUCUACGAUGGACAGUUCGACCGCAGACAAGCGGCGCCACGCUUCGUGAUCCGACCACAAUCCGCCUUCUGCUACGAGGGCCAGUCGGUGAAACUGUACUGCCGCAUCAUUGCCUGUGCCACACCUACAGUGACGUGGUCACACAACAACCACGAGCUGAGACAGUCCGUCAAGUUCAUGAAGAGAUACGCUGGCGACGACUACUACUUCAUCAUCAACCGCGCCAAGCUGGAAGACCGCGGCGAGUACAUCGUCCGCGCGGAGAACCACUACGGUUUCCGCGAGGAGGUUGUCUUCUAAACGUACAACGUAAGUAUCCCACCGGUCCCGAAGGUCCAACGCCAGCACGCGCCCGAAGCGCCGCGCCGGCGCUCCGCGCUCCCCUACACGUUCUGGCAGGAGUCGAGCGAGACGGCGCCAGUAUUCACCUUCCAGCUGCGGCCGCGCGUCAUGCAGGCGCGCGACACCUGCAAGCUGCUGUGCUGCCUCAGCGGCCGCCCGACGCCGACUGUCAAGUGGUUCAAGGACCGAAAGGAGCUAUCCAAGUUCGACUACUCGAUGACGAGCGCGGACGGCGUGGUCACGCUUGAGAUCGUGGACUGCCGACCGGAGGACAGCGGCAAAUACACCUGCGUCGCCACCAACUGCCACGGCACUGAUGAGACGUCUUGUGUCGUCAUUGUUGAAGGCGAGGUAGUGAGCGCGGAGCAGGCGGCGCUUGCGCACAACUUCCUGCACUCGGGCGACCGCCGCUACAUCGAGAAGCCGAUCAAGCCCGCGCCGCCACCGAUCAUCACCAAGACCAAGGUGACGAUCGACCCGCCAGUCAAGACACACGCCAUCGCGAGACCGAAGUUCUCGCCACAGACUUCAGUAGAUGCCUCCAAGAAGAAGUAUGGCGCCAAACUAGAUUCAGAUGCCUCAUCGAGGUCUAGGAGCACAACCAAGGAAUUAGUCUUGCCAGCAUCGGACUCAACAAUGUGCCUGCCUUCAUUCGCGCGAGCACUACCCGAUGUAUUAGCAGCCCGAGAUGGCGCGCCCCUGAACCUGUCCUGUGCGGUGCGCGGAGACCCUGACCCCAGGGUCGAGUGGUACAAGAACGGCCAGCCGCUGCACUCUUCUGAUGUGAUAGACCUGAAAUACAAAAACGGAGUGGCCUCAUUGGCCAUCCAUGAAGUGUUCCCCGAAGACGAGGGAGAAUACUCAUUGAGAGCCAUCAACAGCCAAGGUCAAGUUGAGACCAAGUGCAAGGUCACCGUCAAACCGAUGGAAGGCAGUGCGGCCGCCGGCGUGAAGACUGGCGACAAGCCGCCCAGGAUCGUGGAUCACGCCACCUCACAGAUCGUUACUGACGGAGACGCCGUCACGCUUUCCUGCAGAAUCACUGGAGCCGAGCGUUUCGACGUAGUAUGGCUACACAACAACAAGGAGAUCAAGCCUUCAAAGGACUUCCAAUACUCCAGCGAGGCCAAUAUUCACAAGCUGAACAUCGCUGAGAUCUUCCCCGAAGACGCCGGCGUAUACACAUGUGAGGCGUUCAACGACGCGGGCGAAUCGUUCUCCUCCUGCACGCUAGUCGUAUCCGUGCCCGGCGAAACUAGUGCCGCGCCGCAAUACAAGGACUUCCCGGCCUCGUCCACCGUCGGCGCCGCCGAGCCUGCUGUCUUCACCGCCGAGCUCGACAAGCCACCGCUCCAGCUGCAAUGGCUAAAGGACGGUAAACCGAUCGACGAGACCUCCCCCCGCUACCGGUUCACGAUGGAGGGCACGGCGCGGUACCGGCUGGAGAUCGCCUCCGCCGACGCCGCCGACGCCGGCCAGUACUCUGCCCGCGCCGUCGGCUCCAAGGGCGACGCGCUUGCUGCCUUCUACCUGAACGUCGUCGAGGCAUAGACAACACUAGUCUUUCUGCCGUCGACGUAUAAUCGACGGUACAUCACUAGUCUUUAAGUCGGACGCUGCGCGACACACAUUUGAACGAUUUUUUUAAGAACGCGGCUUUGUUUUUAACCUUUUUCCAUCACAGCAACAGAAUUUGUCAGUGAUGACAUGGCGUCGGAAUGGUUAAGCCGUUGUACACAUAUAAUCGAUGUUUUUAAAAGCGCGGCGUUCAAAUAUUGUGACAUGAAACCUAUUUAUUGAUGAGAUUUUUAUACAAUUCGGAGUCUAAGUGUGUAAAGGAUUUUUUAUAAAAAAAUAUAAAAGUUUAUUAAUUUAUUUAAGCUAAGUGUUACACCCUGUCGAUGCCUACGAGAUUUCUCUAGUCACUAUUAACUUUAUUUUAUGUCGACGUUAUCCGAUUUUUUUCUUUAUUUAUUAACCUAACAGAUGUUGAAGCUUCCUUAAACGAAUUUAAGCUUGAAAUUUUAUGUGGUCCUAGGUUCGAAUCCGCGUUGACCCUUUUGGGGAUAUUUUCAAAGCCACCAAAAGUAUCCUUGAAACGGUCGCCGCGUACCGACCAAUGUAAUAUUAUUAUUUUUAUAUAAAUUUAACUGUAUUAUUUAAUUGUACAUAAUUUAAUUUAUAUCAUGUGACCGCGUAAUUUAUAAAUAAAUAUGUAUACCUAAAAAUAAAAA